CUCUGUGACGUUAUUAUUGUGCGACCGGGCGUUUAUGCGACGCACAUACAGCAAUGGCGAGCGGUAAAAAGAGUGCCCUACUCUCCUCUUUGGCAGACUAUGGCGACGAUUCAGAGCCCGACUCUGACCCCGAACCAGAAGAGACAGGGGGACGUGAAGGUGGUCUAGUGUACGGCUAUGGUGAUGAUGACUUGAACCGAACGGAGGACAUCGAUGACAAGGUGUCUGGAGAUGAGGAGAGCAGAGAGAGCAACUCGGUCAGUUUUCCGGGAAUGGAGGAAUCUGACGAAGCAAGAGAGGCAGAUGAUAUUGAGAUUUCGGAGGCAGAACAGAAGGACCCCAAUGAGUUAGUUGCUAUAUUCUCAGAGAAAGUGAGGAACAUGUCACCGGAUGAGAUCAGGAUCCCCCCAGAGCCCCCUGGCCGCUGCUCCAGCCAAUUACAGGAGAAGAUCCACAAGCUGUACGAGAGGAAGCUCCAUGGAGACUUUGACACAAAUAGCCACAUCCAGAAAAAGAAGGAAUUCAGAAACCCAAGCAUUUAUGAGAAACUUAUUCAGUACUGCAGCAUAGAUGAACUGGGAACGAACUACCCAAAAGACAUGUUUGAUCCUCACGGCUGGACAGAGGACUCUUACUAUGAAGCCCUAGCCAAAGCCCAGAAAGUAGAAAUGGACAAACUGGAAAAAGCCAAGAAGGAGCGGACCAAGGUGAGACUAACAACAAAUGCGCGAGGAUUACAUCACUGUCAGGUCGAUUCACUGCCUGUGUCGAGGAUUGAGUUUGUCACUGGGACUAAGAAAGGCACCAACCCUUCCAGUACAACAGCAUCCACCACCAGCAACACCAGCAACACCUCCACAGAAGCUCAGAAGAGAAAAAGCAAGUGGGACUCUGCCAUCCCCGUGACACUUGCCCAGCCAACCCUCAUCACGACCACUGCCACCCUGCCUGCCGUUGUCUCCGUGACGACCACUGCCAGCGGCACCAAAACUACAGUCAUCUCCGCUGUGGGGACCAUCCUGAAAAAAGCAAAACAGUGAACACAAAGAAUGCACAGGGGUGUGCUUGCAUCUCACACAUAAACUACGGCGCUGCAUUGAGAGAGCAUAAGUGAACGGAGAAUCAUCUGAAGCUCCGCUACACACGGACGUAUUUAAAGACUCAACAACGUGUCAAAGCUUCCCAUCUCUUGGAUUGUAUGUGCAUUAUUGGACCAUACCACCGAAUUGGCAGUACUUGUGAAAAUGCCAAUAUAAUGCAUGCAGCCCUGACACUUGUGCACGACACGUCUGUUAUAAAGUUUUUAGAAGUUGGCAACAGUCGUUAGUUUAAGGCAGUUCGGGAGAAUAACAACAUACCAGUGGUUAAGAAAAGAAAAUGCUCCCAAACGCGUCUGUUCUGGAAAUACCUGGGAAAAUGUUUUUUCACAUCCUGUAACAGUUAUGUUUGAUGGCUCCAUAUGCGCAGGGUUUAUCAGCUACUUUUUUCAUCAUUGUCAGAUUCUCUCAGCUCUGGAAUGAGUUUUUUUUUAUACUUGUAUAUAUUGAUAAUAGAGUGAAUAAAUGAAUCAGGUGUUGCCUUUUCAA